CAGCAAACUGCUAGUUGGAAACAUCAGGCUCAUAUAAUCAAUCACAGGAAGAAGCAUUGUGAGGUUAGACUCCUAUCUCACGAGAAAUAUACACCGACAACCGAUAGGAAACGGCAAAACAAGCUUCAAUCGCAUGUCUCGGGUACCAAACAUAAAAUAUUCACAAUGGCACACAUGACGAACCCUCUCGCGACAGUGGACCAGCUAUACAAACGCACAUCCUCAUUCGGCGCUCUACCGUCUGAUCUACAAGAUGCAAUAUUCUUCGCGACGCAGAGCCUAACACAAGCCGCGGGUCUCCUUCUCCGACUUCCACAGUCCGUGACAGCUCGAGCGAACGUCGUGUUAGCGCGCUAUUGGCUCGAGGAGCCGCUUCUCGCCAAUGAAUUCAGCGACGUCUCUGCAGCCUCUCUUUUCCUCGUGUCGAAGCUAAGCACACACCCAAGCCGUCCGCGCGACGUGAUAAACGUAUACACAUAUCUACUCUCGCCGUCAUCACCUCUUUUCCGCUCCCCACCAUCUCCCACAGUAGACAAACCAAGCUUCUACAUUUCAGACAGCGAAUUCGAUGCCUGCCGGCGCCGCGUGAUGCGCAUCGAGGCGCGCAUGCUAUACGUUCUCGGCUUCGACACGCACGUGGCGCUCCCGCACGGCCUGGCCGUAACGUAUCUCCAAGCGCUCGACUUCUGCGGGGACGCCUCGCGGGCCCGGAUAACGCGCCGCGUCGUCGCGUAUCUGAACACGGCCCUCCUGUCCCCGCAGAUGCUCUACCUGACGCAUCAGCCCAACGCGCUAGCCGUCGCCGCCAUCUACAGCGCCGCGCGGGACGCCGAAAUUGGGGCCAAGAUGCCCGAGUGCCCGUGGUGGGAGGUCUUCGACGUGGACCGCGAAGAGCUUGGGUUUUUGGUUGUGGGAAUGCGCAGUUUAGAGGGCCUUGUGCGGAAGUUGGGGGAAGACUUCGAGGGCUUUGGGAAGGGCGGCAUGGUCACAAGAAAAGAUAUCGCUGUGGAGAUGACGAGGCGUGGGUUGAAAGUGAAGAAUGGUGCGGGCCCUGUCAUGGAUGAAAUCGAUGAGGAGGAAGCUAUGAUGCGGAGUUUGGACGACAGGGCGGAGAGAAUGGAAGCCUGAGUCUAAAGGGAACAACAUUCAUCAGACGACAAAUAAGAGAUGGUCAUAUGCUUCAGAAUGGAGCUAAAUAACCCCCUUAGAAGCCUUCUUCUAGAAGUAAUCUACAAAUAGGUAAUAAUACCUUCCAAGCUUGAACGAAUUAUUCCCUGCCAUUUUUUGCUUGGGUA